AUGGAUGAUCAAGACCAUUAUGUGGAGAAGGGUGAACAAUAUGCUAGCCAACACCGCUUUCUACAAACACAUACGCCUAUACCAGAGCUAGACGAAGAAAAAGAGGGUAAUAUUACACGUACUGGUACCUCGUCAAGUACAGCAACCGGCUCGAAUACAACACCGGAUACCUCAGACGCGAAACCCAGACCACCUCCCGAGCAGCCCUCCGAUACCGAUAACCUCCACCACCACACGUCAACCUUGAGUCGCAUCCACACACAACGAAGCCAACACUCCCACACCGUGGGUUCCAUCUUCCGCAGCAGAUCCUCUCGCUCCCGCCCUUUACCCGCCUUCGGAGCCGGAAAACCCUACCCACCCCCCUUAGGCUCACAAGAAGACUACGUCGUAGAAUUCGAUGGACCCGACGACCCCUUGCACGCCCAGAAUUGGGCUGUUAGGAAGAAGAUCUUUACAGCUGCCAUGUUGGGCUUCACGACCAUGACGGCUGCAUUUGCCAGCUCGAUAUUCAGUACAGCGACGAGGCAAAUCUCGGAAAAGUUCGCUGUGGGAUCUGUGGUUGCGACGCUGGGGACGUCGUUGUAUGUGUUGGGGUUCGCGACGGGACCGAUCCUAUGGGCGCCGUUUUCAGAGUUGAAAGGGAGGAGGCUGCCGCUUGUUAUAGCGAGCUUUGGGUUUUCUGUGUUUGAGAUUGCGUGUGCGACGGGCAAAGAUUUGCAGACUGUGUUGAUUUGUCGGUUCUUCUCAGGGUUCUUUGGGGCUUGUCCGAUUACUUGUGUUGCUGCAGUGUUUUCCGACAUGUUUGGAAACAGGACAAGAGGGAUGGCGAUUACUGUGUUUAGUGUCAUGGUCUUUAGUGGUCCCUUCCUUGCGCCUUUUAUCGGUGGCUUCAUAGUCAUGGACCCUGAUCUCGGUUGGCGGUGGACUCAAUACCUCGUCUCCUUCAUGGGCUUCGCAGCCUUCACCCUCAACCUCCUCUUCUUAUCCGAAUCGUACCCACCCAUGAUCCUCGUCGCCAAAGCCGAAGAACUUCGCCGACGCACCAAAAACUGGGGUAUCCACGCCAAGCAGGAAGAGAUAGAAAUCGACUUCCGCGAGCUGCUUGAAAAGAACUUUUCUAGACCCCUCAGGAUGCUGGUCACGGAGCGCAUCGUGCUGCUGCUGAGUGUAUACAUGGCAUUCAUUUACGGACUGCUAUAUCUCUUUCUCACAGCAUAUCCAUUAGUCUUCCAGGGCGUCCACAGGAUGAACCCCGGUGUAGGUGGUCUGCCAUUCUUCGGCGCGAUUAUAGGAGAGCUGUUGGCUGGCACUCUUGUCUUUGUUCGACAACCGGGGUACCAGAAGAAACUCGCUGCAAAUAAUAACGUUCCCAUUCCAGAAUGGCGGUUACCAGAGGUUAUUGCUGGCGGAGUUUGUUUCGCGGGAGGAAUAUUCUGGUUCGGAUGGACAGGUUAUAAGGCGGAUAUCCAUUGGAUUGUGCCUACGCUUUCUGGGCUAUUGAUCGGGUUUGGCAUCAUGAGUAUUUUCCUGCAGGCGUUCAACUACCUCAUCGACGCCUACCUCAUGUUUGCCGCCUCGGCGAUUGCUGCAAACACGUUCCUUCGUAGUCUUUGUGGAGCUGCGUUCCCUCUCUUCGCGCGACAGAUGUUCGAGGGCAUGGGUAUUGAAUGGGCUGCUACGUUGCUUGGAUGUGUUGCUGCUGCAAUGGUUCCUGUGCCGGUUUGGUUUUACUUACAAGGUGCGAAGAUUAGGGAGAAGAGCGCCUAUGCACCGACGAACAAGCCAGCUCCCAUACCCUCAGACAAUGAGAUGGGAGAAGCAUAA